GCCUCGUGUCGCGGCUGCGCAGUGCGGGCAGCGCCGGCUGCGGGGAGCGGCGGGCGCGGGGGUGCGGGAGGGCUCGGACCGCGCCGGGCAGCGACCCCCGAGCCGGGCAUGGAGCGGCGGCCCUGCGCUGCGGCCGGCGGGGUGCGCCGCGCUCCGUUCUAAGGCGUCGAGUGGUGAGGGGAGCCCGGGACCUGCCAUGCCUCCCGCGUCUCCUCGCGCGGCGUGAGCCCUCGCUCUCCCUCCUCCUCCCUCCGCUGCGCUGUCGUUCUUUGCUCUACUGCCGGGCUCCCCGAUGGGAUAAAGCCCCCCCUCCCCUGGCGAGCGGCGGCCGGAGGCGAAGAUGAGCUGUCGGUGCGCUCGGCAGCAGCGAAGCGGCGGUUCCCCCGUGCUGCUGCUGCUGCUGGGGCUGUGCCGGCUCGGUCCCGCCGGCGCCGACAACGCCAGCCAAGCUUAUUACACCGCCCUCAUCAACGUGACGGUGCUGAGCCCCGAGCGCGGCGGCCCCACGCUGCUCAGGAUCGACCGCGGCCGCUACGGGCAGGAUUCCCCCAAGGUGGAGGUCAAGGGGCUGCUGGUGGCCCCCGUGCCCAUCAACGGAGUUGCAGAUCGCCUGGGCUGUGACCCUCGAACACGUUUCCAGGUCCCACCAAACACCAAGCAGUGGAUCGCUUUACUACAGCGAGGAAACUGUACGUUUAGAGAGAAAAUACUGCGAGCAGCUUCACAUAAUGCCACAGCCGUGGUCAUUUACAAUAAUAUAUCCAGCGAAGAGCCUGUCACAAUGACUCAUCAAGGAACUGGAGACAUUGUUGCUGUCAUGAUUACAGAAUCAAAGGUUAAAGAGAUCCUGAAUUACUUGGAAAAGAAUAUCUCUGUGCUGAUGGCAAUAGCAGUGGGGUCCCGUGUUCCUCCAAAGAACUUCAGCCGGGGCUCUCUAGUCUUUGUGUCAAUAUCAUUCAUUGUUCUGAUGAUAAUUUCUUCAGCGUGGUUAAUAUUUUACUUCAUCCAGAAGAUCAGGUACACAAGUGCACGCGACAGGAAUCAGCGUCGUCUUGGAGAUGCUGCCAAGAAAGCCAUCGGUAAAUUGACAACCAGGACAGUAAAGAAGGGUGAUAAGGAAACAGACCCGGACUUUGAUCAUUGUGCUGUCUGCAUUGAGAGUUACAAGCAGAACGAUGUUGUUCGCAUUUUACCAUGCAAGCAUGUUUUCCACAAAGCCUGUGUGGAUCCAUGGCUUAGUGAGCACUGUACGUGUCCAAUGUGUAAACUGAACAUUUUGAAGGCACUAGGAAUUGUGCCAAACGUGCCGUGUACAGAUAAUGUCGCCUUUGACAUGGAAAGGCUCACCAGAGGUCAGCCAGCUGGCAGGCGGUCAGCCCUCAGCGAUUUUGCCAACGACAGCUCUCUCAGCCUGGAGCCCCUACGCACCUCUGGGAUGUCACAGCUUCCACAGGACGGAGAGCUAACGCCAAGGUCAGGAGAGAUCAACAUUGCUGUGACAAGCAGUCACUUCUUCCAUCGUAACUCUCUGUCCCCUCGAAGCCUGGUCUACGAGAGUGAGUUCUCAACCAUCGAGCCCGCCUUGGACAUGUACGACGAGAACAAAACCUGAAAGGAAUCCAUGCUCCUUCCUGGCCCUUUUUCCGUUUUUUUCAUUUCUCAUUCCUAUUGUUGUGUACUCUUUCCAUGGAUCUCCUUUGUCUGAAGAAGAGCUGCUUUUUCCAGAACACGAACCCGCCUUCUCGACUGCAAAGAUGAAGACCAGCUUGUGGUGGUUUCUGAGGGUGGCAUCUUUGAGCUGACAAAGAGUUGCGCGCAAGCAAGAUUGCCUGAUGGAAAUAGCUGAGUAACAGCAUGGGGAGCUGUGUCGGUCCAGCCGUGGCGACGCAGAAGAGAUUUUUACAGUGGUCCUAAGAGCGUGUCGUACUGCAAAUGCGUCUCUCACACGGGUGUCUGCUGUUUGCAUUUUUCGAUUGUCCGGAUGGUUGGGCAAGCUCAGAAAGGGAACUGGUUGCAGAGGAGAUGGCCAGUGACUGGUAGAAGCACUCGUAUAUCUUGGUCAAUCCAUAACCUUACUGUGGAAUAGCCCCUUCUGAAAGGGACCUUUAUAAGUGCAUUGAGUUUCCUACAACCCACAUAACCCUGGACAAUAGCGAGCCAGCCUGACGUUAAAGCUGCAGAGAGGACCUGCGUUUGCAGAAAGAUUUCUAGGAACUUGAUGCUUGGUUUUUUCCUCCAAUUCGAUUGAAGUGGGAGAAAAACGGCCUAUACAGAAUAUACUUCUGGUCCUUCCGUGUGCUCCAGUCAAGUGAGUCUCUUUCGAAAGAGAGGACAUUCACAGAACCAGCACUUGAUCUACCUGAAAACUAUUAGACUUUUUGAAAUAUGCAGGAAUCUAAUUAGCUUUCUUCCUCACUUUACUUUUUUGGGGGGGAGGGAGGGGGAGGAUGUUUAAAAAAAUCCACCAAAUUUUUCACUGAGGUUUUUUAAAAGCCAGCAUGUUGGCAUUACACAGAAGAAAAGAGGUAAGCUUCUUGUCCCGUUCUCCUGUUGAGAUUGGAAACAGUUAAAUAGCAAACACGUUCUCUAAGCUGUGCCCUUUCCCACUGACAUCAAUAACGGGAAUGCAGAAAGCAGCAGAAGAAAGGAAAGCAGCAACUGCUUUGACACUCAGCAGGAAAAAUCAAUUUUUACUGGUGUGUGACAAAAGCGGUGGGGAAAUGAAUAUUGUUUGCAAGCUGCUGAAGGAGUAACGCAGAAAUGGAGAGCGAGAGAGGAGCCUCUGGAGUUAAAUUGUUCACAGCAUUCCUCAAAUGAACAAACGUGGAGGAGCGAGCACUUCUGCUCCACCUUUUCCUACUGGACAAUGCAUAACUGCUUAAUGAAUGUUUGGAUUUUUCUCCAUUGCAGUCUAAGUUACUGUAGGUGUAGAAAAGCAUUUGUGUCCUUGUAGUGUGAAACAAAGCUUCACCCUUUGUAUAGUAAUCUUGAGAAAGCAGUUAAGCCAAAAAGAAAGGUAAGAUAUACCCUGCCACGCUGUAAUUUCAUCCGCUUUUUGCUACAGGCAGGGAAUUUCCCCUCCUUUAUUCUGUUUUUUAAUUGCAAAGCAGUCUGCUUGACAUAUAUCCUUACCUGAAGUGUGGUUCGGCUGUGUCUUUAACACAGAUGUUUAAGAGAAAAACAAGAACCCAGCUCUGUAAAAUGAGGAAAUGAUCCUCUGUGCCUGUGUGCUUUGACUUUUGUUGCUGUGCGUCAGCUUUAUUUAAUCUGAUAAUUCAAGAGUGGGUGGUGUGAAGCGUAGGGUUUGGUUGGUUUUUUUUCUCAUAAUACCCACGUUUCUGUUUACCAAAUGCACUUUUAUUGUCAUUCAGCUCACUCUAGAAAUACGCUUAAACCCCAGACUUUUUAAGAGCACAAUUUUAACACCCACUUACUCCUACAAAGCAGAAGUGAAGGUCACAGAAAACGCCAGCCAGUGGCUUGAGCAGCGGCAGGUCGUGGCCGGCAUCCUUCCUCUCCUUGCGGGUGUGCGAAGGGGGGCAGAGCCGGCGAGAUGGGGCAGAGUUCCCACCAGCCCGGCUGAGCCCCAUUCCAGCCCGUACAGAGCUCGGAGGUGGCAGAAGGGCUGAUUAAGCAACCUCUUGUUUUGCAAUUAUGUCGGUGAGAUGACAGCAGACAGACACGUGAGAGCGGCGCAACUUCCGAAAACAAACGCCCGAGAGAAAAACCAUCGUCUUUCAAGGAUGUUAUAGGGCUUGUUUUUAUCUGUGGUGGCCACAGGUUACAAUAAACAUACAAACACCUGCGUGAGGGCAGUUAAAUACAAAUCACCUGAGUCUCUCCAAGAAGGAUGCGAUGCCCAACCCUGUGCUGCCGGCCCUGGGCAGCGGCACCGCGGCGAAAACGCGUUCUCGGGGUCGAGCCCUGCAGCAGGUUUGGGGUAGGACAGCCUGGAGUAGAUGCUCCAAAUAAAUCCUUCUGGUAGGGCUGAGUCUGCCUGACAUGGGGAUUCGCCCCAACACCAUCAGGAAUGUCACCAAUGCACCGUUUCGGCACGAAAACAAAAGUGGUGGUUUCUCAGCUCUGACUGAGAUCGUUCGCACCAGCUACGAACCAGAGGUGGGGAGAAGAGCUAGAAAACAAAUGGAAUUCAAACAAACAUUACAAAGUGCAAGGUCCCCAAAGUCAAAAUAAUAAAUUAUGUCAUUUGUAUUUUGAUAAAUCUUAUUUCUAACCUAACAUCUUGGUUUUAAGCAGGGAAGAGGGAAGGUUCGCCUCUGGUUGUGGAAGGCAGGGUCUGACGUAGUGGCAAAAAUGGACUCGUGCUGUAGGAUCUUGGGGCAGGGAGCUGACAAUCAGAAUUGACAUCUUAGAUUUGGAAAAUCUUGCAACACUGGAAAAAUUAAAAGCUAGUUCAAACAAUUGAUCCCUACCUGCAUGCUGGGACGUGCUGUGGCAGGCGUUCUUCGACUUAGUCAUAUUUAGGCUGGUGAGGCAGCAGCACAGCAACAUGGGUGAUUUUUCUGGGCUGUGCUGGUAAGUUGGAAGUUUUCCUUUUAAUAUUAAUCAGUAUAUAAAAAAAAAAAAGCUUGAUGAGCAUUGUUGUUCUUGUUCUGCUGCAGUGGUGCCGUGUAUGGGUGAGUCAUUUCAUAGAAGAAAAAUAUCCUGCGAUCUACCAAGAACUGUAAGUGCCAGUAACUUGGAAAAUCAUUUUUAAGGUUUUAAAAAAAAAAAAAAAAGGUGGUUUUUAACUGAAAACAUUAAUUUUAUGACUUCUACUUAUAAAACCCAAAAGCUUUUAUCUCUAAGUGUUUCCCUAAAAUAUUUAAACCCUAACACUUCAUCUUCUCUUUCCCCACCUCCUGUUCUGUGAAAGUUUUGCAUGUUCCUGUAAGGUGUGUGUAGAAUCAAGGUUUGGUUGUGUUCUUAGAGGAUAAUUGCCGGUGAGAAAAAAAAAAUAGACUGUAAGUGUGCUUUGUACCUAUAAUACUAACAUAAAGUAUUAAAUUUGCAGCAUGUUGACAUUCACUUAAUGACGCUCCCGAUUGCUCCUUCCAGUGAGCUCGUGUUGGUAUCUGCGCUGUCCCCUUCCUUCUGGGAUGCCUGCCUUGGCACCUGAGGAUGCUGUGGGAACAGCCAGAUACAGAAGCCAAAGAAAGACCAAAAAUAGUGAAAUAAAUGUAUUUAGGACUGUAUUAUGAGAUUUUUACACAUCUUCCGUUUUCUUUAUGCUCAUGUGAAACAGUGCGAAGGCUUGGGAGAGCCCGGAGCUUUAGCAGCUACUGAAAAUCAGAGGAAGGUUAGAGGGAGGUUAGAGGGAGGUGAGGGUCACACGGCGGCUCCAGGACUCAUUGAGCCCAAAUUAGGUUUGAAAUCGAGCCACCGUUGUAGGUCAUGAGCUGAAGAUGAAGGCACCAGGGCUGAGCUCAAGUUCGCGGCAGCUCUGCAGCCUGUUUACUGGGGAAUGAGCUGACUUUGUUGUAGGAUGUGUAUUUUUUUUUUUGCUUAACUAAUAGUAAUCUGGGUUUACAACAAAGAAAGGAAUGCACACGCCGAGGCACAGCGAUGCGAACGUGAGAGCCGCAGGGCUGCUGCCAGCCCCGCGGGGUGGGGAGAGAAGGGCAGGAGGGCGCAGGGCAGGGACCCCAGGAAGCACCUUGAACUUCACAAGCGAAGCUUUUGCUACUUUUUCACCCUGUGUUACACAUCCAUAUUUGACCUAGUUUUCCAAGCCGUGCAGAAGAGAGCGUGAUGUGCCAUGACAGCUUGCAUAUGUGUUGUUAUAUUUAAAGAUAUCUUCGUUUUUUUCCUUCCCCUGCUCGACCUGCUGCACUGCAGGAGCCGUGCUCCGGCACGCCGGGUGGAAACCGCUGAGCGGAGGGAGGGAAAAAUGCUCCAAUUCAUGAGAUUGGGGCAAAUCAGGAGAAAGGUAGACUGUACUUCUGCAGGUUGGUGCACAUUUCUGCUGUGUUUCCAAUGUCUUUGUAAUAAUCAAAAGAAAAAGCGGUAUCUCCACCCCUCAACCCUUCUUCAUGGGAUGCAGUGACAAGAGUGAGGCUGUGGAUGGGAUUUGGCUGCUGUCACGGGGCCGCUGUGUUGUGUAACCCCCAGUCAGUGAUAUCCUGGCCUGGCAGGGACCUGGCAGGUUUAUCUGGUGCUUGUGAAGGGCUUGGAAGGGAUGAAAGCUGCUUGCCUGAGCCUUUGCAAAGCAGCACUAAUUGACACCUUUUCGUCUAUGUUAGUUGUUUGGUCUUUUCAUUCACCUACUCUUUUUAAAAGCUUGUAAAGUUCCCAAACUCUCUUAAUUCUCCCCAGUUAACCUCUGCCCUUCCACCCCAUUAAUUACUGCUGGUUUCCUCCUCCUCCUGAGAGCCAGGUGAAGGUCUCCAUCGUGUAGGUGCUGCCAUCCACCCAGCAUCUUCCUCCUCAUGCCAUCCCCAUGCCAUCACCGUGCUGGCCAGCCCUUUAAAGGGGGAUUCAUCACUCCAAACCAGCACCAUAGUCUGUGGGAGCAUGAAGGCUCCUGGUGGGUUGUUCUCAGCCAAAACUGGCUGUGUGCAACAUGGGCUGUUCUUGUAGGGUGUUUGUUCUGUGGAUCCCUGUAUGGAGCAUCCUUUCGGUCCUCGACCUGAUAGCCUCAUGGAGAUGCCCAGAUGAACAGAGAUGAAUGUGUAGAUUGUGCAAUAAUGUCUGAAUAUCUAUUAUUUUUAAGGCAAUAAUGUCCAGUGAUUCUGGGCGUGGGGCCCUGUGGUAUAAGGUAUUGUCGAAAAAUAGUCCCUUCCCUAAAGAAUUAAUAAUUAAGUAUUAGUAUUCCUGCAAAGUAAGAAGUACAUAGGUUUUUAUUGAAAGGUGAAGCUGUUUAGAGUGAUUUCAUUGCAAGACCGAGGUGUAACAUGAGCUAGUGUCAUAUGGGGGCUGGGGUUUCACAGCCGGGAAAUCUGCUGGACCUGUUCUCUUACUCCUGCCAGGCACGGGUUAUUCCUUUCUCCGCUUGCACCCACCCGCAGCUCGCUGUGGCUGAGCCCCUCAGGAGCAAGAGGCUUUUAAUCACUGCCCUGAGCUCGGCUGUGUGCCUUUGCUUCUUGGUUUGCCUUUUUCUUGCUGCUUCCCAUGUGCUCUGGAGCUCGCCUUUCCUUGGCUCUGGCUUGGUCUUCAUUGCUCCAAGACCCCGAGCCAUUAAUUCCCAUCUGAGCAGCUCUGCUGGGUUACAGCGGUGGCAUCGGAUGGCUUCAUGGCUAGAUUUGCUUUCUUUCUAGCCUGGCUGCACCUGUAACCCCCUCUGGCUGUCUCGGGCAGUAAAGGCUGUAUCUGCCUGCAGCUUUUGCAGGUACCUGGGCUGCGGAGAGGAUCGCAGAGAUCCCAGCUCAGCAGCCCUCCCGUGCUCCAGCACGGCAAAAUCUGGGCUUGAAAAUAAAGGCGGUGCUCUUUGCUGCUUUCAAGCCAGGAAAGUUUAAUAGUGCGUUUGGAGCUGUUAAAGCAAAAAUCCUGUUUGCAGGUUCACGCGGUUCCUGCAUCGCAGUCAGCAGAGCAGAGUCCCAGCCUGGCCCUGACAGGGCUCGCUUGGUGUCGUGCAAAGGUGUUGGGUGAAAAAGAAGCUUUCUGGGUUGCCACCACAUCAGCAGGUAGACUUUUCCACCUCAGAUGUCCAGAAUUAACUCCCAGCACCGCUAAGAUCUGUCGCAUUAGUCCUAUAAAGGGGAAUAACCUUUCUGAGCAAGCCGAGUGACAGCAUCGCUCUUCUGCUUAUCCGGUCAGCCCAGCUGCAGUUUGCGAGUAGACAUUAAAUGUUAAAAGCUUCUCCGUACAACCAUGUCUAUUCGGGAUCCCGUGGCUAUGGCUAACUAUGCACAGAAUCCACCAAAACGGGAGCAUUUUAUCCCAGCAGAGAGGGAACACCGCAGCCGUCGGGCUUGGGAGGCUGCAGCAAACAACAAAAGAAUCCCCAGUUUGCCUGUGUGUAAAAGCGAGAAGGUUGUUUCAAGUGGUUUGCAGUGAGGUGGUUGACACCGAUGUGACCCCCAUGACAUAAAAACGCCAGCAGGUUCCAGGGGUCCGGCUGAGCGAUGGGGACGCUGCCCUCCCGACAAUCAGACCUUUCCAGCCCUUGUGAAACUGUAGCUUGGCAGCGGCAGAAUUUCUUGACAUGUUUUGAUGUAAGUAUUACACUGUAUUGUAGUUCCACGGUAUAUGCCAAUAUGUUACCAGUGCAUACUGAUUAGUUAGGGUUUGCUAAUGUACUACAUUUCAAUAAAAAGCAGUUUAA